GGAAUCACAUAUCUUCUAAUUGUUCUGCCAGACACACCUGAGGCCAACAUCAAGAAGCAUUUUAAGAAAUGCAUCCAGUUCAUCCACUCCUGUCGGCUGCAAGGGGGGAACUGCCUUGUUCAUUGCCUAGCUGGGAUCUCCCGCAGCACCACCAUCAUCCUGGCCUAUCUCAUGGCGGUGACGCCGCUGGGCUGGCUCGAGGCACUCGAAGCGGUCAAGGCCGUGAGGCCCGUGGCCAAUCCCAACCUGGGUUUUCGUCAGCAGCUGGAGGAGUUCGGACGUAGCCGGUCCGUGCAGAAGAUCCGCCGGAAGCUUCAGCAAUGCCAUCGAGGGACCCCUUUCAAUGACCACGAAGCUGUCCGAGGACUUCUGACAUCCGGCCGAAAACAGGAGCUGCCCAGCCCCGAACAGACGUGGGCAGACCUGGGGCCCAGGGCCAAACAGAUGGAUUCCCUUCUGAUACGGGUGAAGGAGACUUUUUCCUGCUUGCCCAGCUGUCUCAAAUGAAACUUUCCCAAAACUUUUGGGAAAAUGCAAGGAGAUUCCCACGAUGGGCUAGGAGAAGCAGGACCGGGCAA